AUGUUGGUUUACCAGGUGUUGGCGGCUAUAAAGGCCCUGCGUAAGCCCUCACAAGGUACAGACACUCCUGUCCUCGUCGCCGGCGGAUAUCUCGUCCUCGAUCCCGCCUACUCUGGCAUCGUCGUUUCUACCUCAUCGCGCUUCUACACCGCCAUUCAGCCCGCCCCGUCACUCCAACCGCUCACCCUACGCGUCCAAUCGCCCCAGUUCCUCAAUGCAACCUGGGUCUACCAUGUCGCGUUGACCCCGUCAGUCCACAUCGCGCCGUCCCCAGAAAAGUCCGAUAGUGCUGGGAAGAACAAAUUCGUGCAUCUUGCGCUGCAGCACACGAUCGCUCUAGCUGUCGAGAUCAGUGGCGUGCAGGCCGUCCAGAACGCCCUCUCUGAGGGCCUGGACAUCACAAUUGUCGGCGGUAACGAUUUUUAUUCCCAAAGGGCUAAGCUCGAAGAGCUUGGCCUCCCACGUACGAUCUCAUCGCUCUCCAGCAUUCCGCCCUUCUGCCCCACGGGAGUCCAGCUCUCGGACGUGCACAAGACCGGACUCGGGUCCUCCGCCGCGCUUAUCACAUCUCUCACCUCUGCCCUCCUCGUACACCUUUCGGCCAUCCCCGUAUUGGCUCUCGUGGAAGAUGAUAGCGAAGGCCGCCGUCUGGCGCAUAACCUCGCCCAGUUCGUGCACUGCGUCGCUCAGGGGAAGGUAGGGAGCGGGUUUGACGUAUCAGCCGCUGUGUUUGGGAGCCACCUCUACACGCGCUUCGAUCCGGCGGUCAUUCAGGAUUUAAUGGGUGAAAGUUUGCCUAAAUCGCUGCCUGUUCUGUCGCCAUCGAACGCGGCGUGGAAUUAUCGCAUCCAAAAUUUCAAACUUCCUCCGUAUACCCGAAUUAUGCUCGCCGAUGUCGAUGCGGGCAGUGAUACCCCUUCUCUGGUUGGCAAGGUUUUGAAAUGGCGUAAGGAGAAGAGUGCUGAAGCCAAUGCGUUAUGGACACAUUUGGAUCAGCUAAACCAGGCGCUCGCACAAACUUUGUUGCAGCUCUCGAAACUUCAUGACAAGGACAUCAAGAGCUAUCGGAGCGCCGUUAAGUACAUUUCGACUCUACAACCUCUGCAGUGGGAGGCCAAUCCCUUACAACCUGCCACCCAGGAGCCCAUCGUAUCGACCUUCUCCCAGGUCCAUACGCUUUCGCAAGAUAUUAGAGCCAAGAUGAAAGAGAUGGGCGAGCUGGCUGGUGUUCCCAUUGAGCCUGACGAGCAAACGAGGCUCCUAGAUGUGUGCGUGUCGCAGGCAGGCGUCAUCGGCGGUGGUGUUCCUGGUGCUGGUGGCUACGACGCAGUGUGGCUGCUCGUCUGCGACCCUUCCUCAAGCAAAUCAGAUCCAUCGCCUCUCGAGCGAGUAGAGCACAUCUGGAACAACUACACCGAUCUUAACGUAUCUCCUCUUUCCUCAAAAGAGAGUCUCGCAAAAGGGAUCCGCCUUGAAUCCGUUAGCGACAUCCCAGGACUUGCAGGCGUGUUAGCCUCAGCAGCAUGA